GCAUUAUUAGUACUCCAACUCCUUCAAUGCACCUCCCCCUAACAAAGUGGUCCAAGUGGCAGCAAUUCCGGAGAUACAGAGAGACAGAGAAGCACAAAAGAGAAGGAACAGAACGUAUAACAAACAACCAAGAGAAGCAUGAUGUUCAUGGUGGUUGUACUAGCAAUAUUAGCAUGGGAGGAGGAAGCAUCAAAACUCCACUCCUUUUCCAAUCCAAGCUCUUGUGCCUUUCUCUGUUGUAUUUCCUCACAACCACUAUCUUCUCUGUAUACAUCUCCUCCCACUCUUCAUGUCUCUUCACCUCCCUUCCCACCUCCCAAUCUCACCUUCCCAACACCCUUCUCUUCUCUUACCCUCCUUCUUAUGGGGAACACAAGUAUGCUAUUCCUUCUCUUCAUCCUUCUUGUUCUUCUCCUCUUCUUUUCCCUGAAUAUAGAGUUGCUGUGAGGGAUAUUCAUGAUGUGUUCAAGAACUUCUCCUUGUCAUCGUCUUCAUCUUUGAGUUAUUUGACAGGGAGCAGAGAUAGUUUUGCCGGCAACUUUUCCACUGAGAAGAGGAGAUCUUUCUUUAGCUUUGAGGAUGAUCCCUUGGUUCAAGUCCCUUGUGGUUUUCUCAAAGAAUUCCCUGUCAAACAAUCCGAUAAAUUGGAGAUGGAGAAUUGCCAUGGUGUGGUUGUGGCAUCAGUAAUAUUUGGAGAUUUCGACAAAAUACGGCAACCGAAAGGGUUGGGAAUGCAUAGCUUGCAAGCUGUUUGUUUCUUCAUGUUUGUGGAUGAUUCCACAGUUAGAGGUCUUCAGAUCCACAAAAUUCUCACUGAAAAGGAUGAGAAAAAUUACAAGGUUGGAGUUUGGAGAAUUGUGAGGCUUCCUAAGAAGAGCAUGCCAUAUGAGAAUGAUGCCAUGAAUGGAGUCAUUGUUAAACAUCUCAUCCACAGACUCUUUCCGAAUUCUAAGUUCAGUGUUUGGAUUGAUGCCAAAUUACAACUUUCAGUGGACCCAUUGCUGUUAAUUCACUCUCUCCUCAUCUCCAAAGAUGUGGAUAUGGCUUUGUCUAAACAUCCUUUCAAUGUGCACACCGUGCAGGAGGCCAUGGCCACUGCAAGGUGGAACAAGUGGCGAGAUGUUGAGUCUUUGAGGCUUCAGAUGAAGACUUAUUGUAAAAAUGGUUUGCAACCUUGGAGUCCUAGCAAACUUCCACACACAACAGAUGUUCCUGAUACUGCAUUGAUCAUAAGACGGCAUGGAUUAGCUAGCAAUUUGUUCUCUUGCCUUCUCUUCAACGAACUCGAAGCAUUCAACCCGAGGGAUCAACUCGCAUUCGCAUAUGUCCGAGAUCUUAUGAGGCCAAAGAUCAAAAUAAACAUGUUUGAAGUUGAGGUGUUUGAACACAUAGCAUUGGAGUACAGGCACAAUCUUAAGCGUGAGGGUUUGAAUUCAAAAGAGUCAGCUGAGAAUGAUCAGCAGAUAAGAAUGGCAUACUCUGGGGACAUCGAUGUAAGUGGUUGUAAAAGGUAUCUCUUGAAAAUGUGGGGUGAGUCUAGUGACUGAUGGUUUAGAUAUAUAGAAACAUAGAUGGAAAACAUAUAUAUUGUUUGUAA